AUGGAUGACAUCAGCGACCACAAAGGCAAGUGUUGCGAGGAACCACAAGCCCCAGGUGGCACCAGCAGCCAUGAAGCCACCGGCCUCCACUACGAGGGCGACUCCAGCACCGACAGAGAGGAGCAGAUCGAGGACGGGCUUAGCCCGUCAAAGGAGCAGAUCAAGGAACAUAUCAAGGAGGAAAUCCCAGACCCGAAGGAUAUUGAAGCCAUCCUGUGGUGUCCUUUCGUGCCCGUGCAUCCAGAGGGGCCCGUCAUCGAGUGGCUCAGCCCGCGUGUGCUCGAGGGCGGCAGCUGCCGCCGCCCGGUGCCUCACGGGCCCUGCCCCCCGGCGCCCUUCCCGCCGCGCGGGAGCCCGCCGUUGGCUGAGGUGGUCCCGCGGCCGCCCUCACUCGGCGGCCCCAGCCUGCACAAACCACUGCCGCAACCCGGGGAGCCCGCGGGCGCCGACUUCUUCGAGGUGUCGCGGGUGCAGCCCCUCCCAGCCCCCACCGAAGGGUGGGGGGCCAGCCGGCACGGCAGCAGCACCGACGGGGCGCACGGCGCCCGCCCGGCCCAGGCGGCGCCCGAGGCCUCCGAGGGGAAGAGCCCCGGGGCCGCCGGCGCGGGCGCAGAGGUCGGCCUGCCGUCCCGCCUCCGCGGCGGCUACCUCGGGAGGCUGGUGCAGCAGGACGAGCCGAGGUGCCUCGUCCCGCUCUGGCUUUUCCGGUGGCCGGCCCAGGCGAUGGUGGCGGGCUUCUGCACCCUGCUCUUCGGGGUGGCGGCCGCCGUGCUGCUGUCGGCGGCGGCGGGCAUCUCGGAGACGUCAAUGGACUACGUGGCUGGCGAUGUGCAGAGGGAGUUCGUGAUCGAUGAGGACAUCGAUGGCGAGGCCCUUGUCUCGUACGAGCUGCCCGAGGUCCUCAUGAAUCAGAAGCGGUUUGUGGAGAGCAAGGACGACUACAUCGUGGGCAGCAUGAUUAACCGCUACAACUGCGAGGACGCCCAAAUCAGAGAUGUCGGGUGGCGGCGCUGUCCCGGCCCCCCGGGCUCGGAGGAGUGCGCCAGGUGGCGGGACUGCCCGCACGGGCCAGACUGCCCGCAGGAUGCCAUCCAGUCCGACCCGAUCCUGCGACGACUGGCUAACACGUCGUCCUUCCGCCCAUGUGGGCUGGUGUCCCUGUCCAUGUUCACCGACAGGUACAGGCUCGUUCGCCUCGAAGAUGGAGCCGAGAUCAGUCUGGUGGAGUCUGGCGUCUCGCUCGACAGCCAAGACGAAGUGUACAGCGACAAGGUGCUCCCCACCAUUGGCGGCGUGGGAGCCGGUGCCGAGCUCACGGUGGAGGGGGUACCGAGCUGGUUGACGGUGCAGGACAACUUUUUCGAACAUUUCAAGGUCUGGAGCCGGCAGCCAGCGUCGCCCCGCGUCAGGAACCUGUGGGCGCGCGUACCAGGCGGCCUCAGCUCGGGGCGAUACCGGCUGGAGUUUCUCGAGAACGACAGGGUGUGGACCGACGCCUGGAGGGUGCCUUACAAGCGGGUCAUCAUCUCGGAGGCUCAUUUGCUCGGCAGCCCAGGCGCCUGCGCCCUCUUAGGGGGUGUCUGCCUCGUAGCCUGCUGCCUGCAGGCCGUCUGUGUCUGCGUGUUCCUGUCCGCGUCGAGGCAUCACACCUGUUCUGCAAUGCUGUCCUGAGCGCAACGCCGAAGCGCGUGCUCGAGGAGGUGGAGCUCGCCGUCGCUGAGGCGAGGAAAAUGGGCGGCCGA